CGCAGCGGGACGGCCGGCGCGCGGCGGUGAUGCGGCGCGGCUGAGGCGGCGAAGGGCAGCGCGCGCCUGCGCGCCCAGCGGCCGCCGCCUCCGCAGCCCGGGCGAGACCGGAGCCUCCGCAGCCCCGCAGCCCCGGGCCCGCAGCCCCGGCCCCGCAACGCCGGGCCGGACUGCUGAGGCAGGAGAGGAAGCGGCGCUCGGAGGAGAUGCCUGAACGGGAGGAAGAUACGACAGAGUCUCGUAGGAGAGCAGCGCUGUAGUGGCAUUGCCGGCUCCUCUAAUUGCCCGCCUUUCCUUGCCGGUAUGUCGAGUCGGUCACUGAAGUGCAGCCACUGGUCACGAGAUGUUACCACGAAACCUACCUCAGGCUUCGCUUUUGCUCAUUCAUUUCCUGCAUCGUAGAUCUCGACAGGGGCUCUGCAGAUGCUCUUGAAAGUCGCUGAACAGAUUGUGACAUCAAGUCAAAGCAUGAUGACCUAAGAGGUCAAAGUCUGAAAUACUGAUUCAGCAGUCCAAGAUAACACUGCCUUUUUUAUCAGUAUCACUUCUGAAGGCUACAUACCUGCUGUUUCCUCCCUGGUUACUUCAGAAACGUUCAACUGACCUUUCUCUGGCAAAAAGAUCUUGACUUUUCUCUCUGGUCCUGGAAAUAUUAAUGGAAUACAGUCAUGUCUACCCAGGAUGAGAGGCAGAUAAAUACCGAGUAUGCUGUGUCCUUGCUGGAGCAGUUAAAAUUCUUUUAUGAACAGCAGUUGCUAACUGAUAUAGUUUUGAUUGUUGAGGGCACUGAAUUUCCCUGCCAUAAGAUGGUUCUUGCAACAUGCAGCUCCUAUUUCAGAGCCAUGUUCAUGAGCGGGCUAAGUGAAAGUAAACAAACACACGUACACCUGAGGAAUGUGGAUGCAGCCACUUUGCAAAUUAUCAUAACUUAUGCAUACACGGGUAACUUGGCAAUAAGUGACAGCACAGUAGAACAGCUUUAUGAAACUGCCUGCUUCUUACAGGUAGACGAUGUGUUGCAACGGUGUAGAGAAUACUUAAUCAAAAAAAUUAACGCAGAAAAUUGUGUGCGUUUGUUAAGUUUUGCUGAUCUCUUCAGCUGUGAAGAGUUAAAACAGAGCGCAAAAAGAAUGGUAGAGCACAAGUUCACAGCUGUGUACCACCAGGAGGCUUUCAUGCAACUGUCACAUGAUCUCCUAAUAGAUAUUUUAAGCAGCGACAAUUUAAAUGUGGAAAAGGAGGAGACAGUUCGUGAAGCUGCUAUGUUAUGGCUGGAGUACAACACGGAGUCCCGAUCGCAGUACUUGUCCUCCGUUCUCAGCCAAAUCCGAAUCGAUGCACUUUCAGAAGUAACACAGAGAGCCUGGUUUCAGGGCUUACCCCCUAAUGAUAAAUCGGUGGUGGUGCAAGGACUGUACAAAUCGAUGCCCAAGUUCUUCAAGCCCAGACUUGGCAUGACAAAAGAGGAGAUGAUGAUAUUCAUUGAAGCUGCUGCUGAAAAUCCAGGUAGUCUUUAUUCUUCUGUCUGUUAUAGCCCCCAGGCAGAAAAGGUUUACAAACUCUGCAACCCUCCUGCCGACUUGCAUAAGGUCGGGACGCUGGUAACUCCUGAUAAUGACAUCUAUAUAGCAGGUGGGCAAGUUCCUCUGAAAAACACAAAAACCAAUCACAGUAAAAGCAGCAAGCUCCAGGCUGCCUUCAGAACUGUGAAUUGCUUUUACUGGUUUGAUGCACAGCAAAACACCUGGUUUCCAAAGACACCGAUGCUCUUUGUUCGUAUAAAGCCAUCCCUGGUCUGCUGUGAAGGAUACAUCUAUGCAAUCGGAGGAGACAGCGUCGGUGGAGAACUCAACAGGAGAACUGUGGAGAGAUACGAUACUGAGAAGGAUGAGUGGACCAUGGUGAGCCCGUUGCCUUGUGCGUGGCAAUGGAGCACAGCAGUAGCAGUUCACAACUGCAUCUACGUAAUGGCACACAACUUGAUGUACUGUUAUUUUCCCAGGUCAGAUGCUUGGGUGGAAAUGGCAAUGCGACAGACAAGUAGAUGUUUUGCUUCAGCUGCUGCUUUUGGUGAUAAAAUAUUCUAUAUUGGAGGACUGCAUAUCGCUAGCAAUUCUGGUAUAAGGAUCCCAAGCAGUACUGUAGAUGGGUCUUCCGUAACUGUGGAAAUCUAUGAUGUGAAUAAAAACGAAUGGAGAAUGGCAGCCAACAUCCCUGCCAAGCGCUAUUCUGACCCCUGCGUCAGAGCCGUUGUCAUCUCUAAUUCUUUGUGUGUCUUUAUCCGAGAAACCCACAUGAACGAGAGAGCCAAGUAUGCCACCUAUCAAUAUGACCUGGAACUCGAUCGCUGGUUUCUAAGGCAGCACAUAUCGGAACGCGUGCUGUGGGACCUGGGGAAAGACUUCCGGUGCACUGUAGGAAAGCUGUAUCCAUCUUGCCUUGAAGAGUCCCCAUGGAAACCUCCAACGUAUCUCUUCUCACCAGAUGGAGCUGAUGAAUUUGAGCUGGAUGGGGAGAUGGUUACUUUGCCACCUGUAUAGCUCCCAGACUAGACUGCACAACUGAUUCUGUGCUCAGUUAUCUUGAAAUGAAUGAUUGUGAAAGAACAGGUCUGUAAACAGAAUGAUCACGCCUGUCUUUCAUGAGUGGUAUUUUUAUGCCCUACCUAACACUUGCCACCAUCCAGUAUGAAUUAGUGAAAUGAGCAGAUAUACUUCCAUAAUCUGAAAUAUUAUCUAAUAAUUGAGAAACAUAUAUGUAUAUCAUGAGCUUAAGCAUCUGACUUUAGUCUAAAGAAUUAAUUUCUAGCUCUAUGAAGUCUCAGUUCAGGAAAAUUAGCUUCAGAAAAAAGUAGUUACAAUUUCUAGAAUGAUGUCACAACUCCUCAAAGUAUCUUCCAGUUAUAUUUGAACUACUUCUGGAUAUUCUACUUAAGUGCUAGUUCUAUAAUUGUCAGUGUGGCCUAAUUAAGGACUGUGCUACACUUACUUAAUACUAAUUUCUGUGUUGGUAUAGUAAUGCCAUUAAAAGAAAAAGAAACAAAUCCCAUGGAUCUACCUGUGGUAGGAAGGGUAGAUCUUCCAUUGUAUGGUAACAUGCAGGGCAAAAUGACUGCAGGUUCAGUCAAGCUGUAUUAUUAGGUGCAUGUAUUCUAUUUUCACUAACUUAUACCUGUCUAUUUAGAAUACAGGUCUUCCAAGCAGCUGGUAGUUUACCAGGUGUGGACUUAAGUUGCUGGGCUUGCAAUAGGAAUUGUCAGCCCUCAUAGUGCGGGUCUAUGUGGAGCUUUAAUCAGUAAAUGCCUCCACAUUCUGUAUUACAGUAACAUUGGCUCAUGUAUAUUACUUCCUGCUGCUGAUGUAUUUUUCCAUUGUAAAAGAAAAGUUUUAGUGUGGAUUAACCAGGUCUUUAUUUUCUGUUAAUUUAAUAACAAGCAUUACUGUAGUGUGAUUGUGUAUAGAUAUCCCUUAGCUAUCAGGUUUUUUACUUUGGGGGGGUGUAGGGGGGAGGAAAACUUCAGGAAUACCCUGUGCUCCGAGUGCAGGAGAGCAGAUGCCUAGUGCUGCUCUGGCAUUAAUCCCAGGAACCACUAGCAGUAGCGGGGGCGCCGCCCAUCUUAACAUCAACACAGGUGCUUCAUGACAAACCUUACUAGCAUGUUCAGCUGCAUCAUGUUCUGGCACUGUAUUUUAAAUGACAUUAAUUUAUUAAAAAAGACUGAAUCCA